GAAGACGAACACAAAGACGAGCACAAAGACGUGCACAAAGACGAACACAAGGAGGACGAUGAGGAUGAGGAUGACCAUGUCGGAGAAGAGGACCCCCACGACGGAAUGAAAAACCUUUUUUACAAAAUUUCGAUGGAAAAUUUUAUUCACAAAAUUUGCAUUCCUCCAUGUGAUAAUGAUGACGAGGAGGGGAAGGACGAAUGCACCUACCUCUUUCUCGUCGUGUCAAAAAAGGUGGAGAGGCUAAUCGGAAAGGACCUCCAUUUUGAGAUAGCCAUUGCUUCCCCGUAUAGCGACAAGGACACCUCCUCUGAAGAACACACGAAGAGAAAAAAGACAAACAUACGGGUAAACGAAGUUUCGUCCCUCUGCAAAAGGUAUAGCUUCAACCAAAACGGUGAACAUAUCGACCUGGGCGUAAAGAAUGACUGUAACAGGGAGAAUACCUCAGGAGGGCUUGAUCCAAAAAAUGAUAUCCCCACAGUGGCUGAAAAUUGUAGUGAAUCUCCCCCGAUUGCAGAAAAAAAAAACAGCCAAACACAACUUGGGAUAGACACCCACCACCUCAACAGUUACAACUGCCUGAAGAAAGCAAAACGAUUUAAAUUAAUAAAAAAAAUCCGCAUCAAUAGUAGGAGCGACAGCACAUGGGGUUCCAUUUACGUGGACCUGAAGAAUCCCCAUUUAUUCAAAAAUAUGGUCGUCAAAAUUGUAAAAGUAAAGCAAAAAAAAAUUACCCAUGAGAAAUCUGCCAAUUUGAAUUUUAUUACGAAAAACUGGGGAAGAGAAAUUAUACGAAAGAGGAGAAGGAAGAAAAAUGUUUUUUUUAAGCACGUUGAGUUGGCUACCACCGAUUCAUAUGUCCUUCAGGUGGAGGUGAAUAUACUUAGUCACCCUGACCAGAAGCGGUUUAGCAAAGACUGCCCACCUGUUUGUCUUCCACAAAGGGAAAACAACAUAAGUAAAACACCCUCAAAAAAAUAUACAUAUAUUCAUCCAAAUAUACUAGUUAACGUUUUAUUUAACUUCUCCGAUGAUGUUUCCCUAGAGGAGGAUACAACCAACGAGGACGUAGAAAGAGAAAUGAAAAAAUUUUUUGACUUUGGUAAAAUAAAUUUGGAAAAUCUUACAUUGGCUAGCCAGGCUAAACAUAUGGACAACAUCUUUUCGCUAAAAAAUGAUCUACUAUUUCGAUAUGGAGAUAAUUAUGACGAGAUUUUUAGGCACCUCACAAAUGUGUGUAGCGGUGACACCCAUGGGAGCAUCCCCAGCACCUUAUCUGUGAGGGAGAACUCUCACAUAUGUGAUGGAAAAGGUAAGAAGCGUACCAAGGGGACUUACAAUUUGGUUAGCUCCAUCAGUGAGAGCAAUUAUGAUGACCUCCUGUGCACGAAUAAUAUGGGAGAGACCACCCUUCUGGAACCAUCCAUGAGAAAAGAGCACUUUUUUCAAGCACUGUCCUCCGUUUUGAAUUUAUCCAAAGAGACGUCAGCUUAUGUGGAGUCAAAACUUCUUCACCCAGGAAGUGACAGAGUUGGAAGGAGCGCCUUCGCACAGAUGCUUCAGGCGGUGGGCAGGGAAACGCGUUGCCUCAGCUUUGGUGCGCCGGAAAACGGGGUCAAACUGGGCAAGCUGGGCAAGCUGGACAGACUGGACAAACCGGACAAACCGGACAAACUGGACAAACUGGACAAACUGGACAAAUUUGAGAAGUACCCUUUCGCCAAGCUGCUGGAUAUCCCCACGAACACCCCCCGGGAAGAAAAAAAGUGCAAGGCGGAUGACCCCACGAGCAAAGAGUUCGAAGCCUUCUUCGAUAGUUUCCUUUCCCUUUCCACGAACGCAAAAAAAACCAUCGAUGAUGUGAAGAACACCUACAAUAUGAAGAACAAAAUAGACAUUUUUAAAAUCAAAAUGGAUGCAGAACUACAACUUAGGGAAAACACCUUCUACUCCCUUGGAGGUAAAAUUGGAAACACCACUAGGACCGUUUUUAAAAAGAAUUGUGCUCUCCUAGAUAAGACACAAAAUGGUGUAUAUAACCCCAAGGGGGGUGAAAAAGUAACACUCCGUCUCACCAAUGAUGAGGGAAACCCUCCAGAAGAGGAGGAACCCAUCCCAAGCUGCGAUGAAGACCAAACGGAUGGUCAUGAUAACAGGGGGAAAUUCUACGUUCAACACAAAAUAGACCCUCCAAUUGAAAAUCUGCAGGAUCUCAUAAACGUCGUCAAAAGGGUAAACACGUACAUCCAGCUAAAUGACACAAAAAAUAUGAAAUUGGAAAUCUCCAAAAUGAUGAGAGAGAGAAAAGCAUUCAUCGAAAAUAUAAAAAAUAGCGUAAAGAUGAAGCGGUUUAAGAAUAACUCCUCAGAAGAACUGAAAGAUUUAUAUCAAAAAGGAACUAAAUUAAAAUUACAUAUUUACAACCCCGAUAUGAUGAAGUACAUAAAGACGCAUUACCUCCUGAUAGACACACUAAAUGACUUGAAGGCCCUUCUUAACUCCUCUAAAUUAAAGAAAAUUAAAAUCACCACCAAUGAGAAGGAACCAUUCAACGUAGAAGAAGCAGUGACGGAUAAAAAGAAAUUCACACAACUAUUCCGCAACUGCUCAGAUGUGAUUAAAAAUGACACCCAUGUUCAAUUAAAUGAUUUUUAUAAAAAUCUAUAUAAGGACGUUCAACAAAUUUUCAUUAAAAUGAUAGGAGGUACACAGGGGGGAGAGGAAGAAUUGCAUUGUGAACUGUAA